AUGAGCCAUUUAAUGGGCUCCAUGCUGCUCUGGGUUCCUCAGGCCCGCUGGCAGAACGAGAUCAUCAGCCCCUUCCAGAAGAGUGUUAGGUGUGAUGCCCCGGCUGCUAAAUGCAUAAUCAGUGACCCUCGGAAAAUCAACCACAAGUAUUAUCAGUCAGGGGAUGCGAUCAUAGCUGGCAUUAGUUCGCAGAGCUACAUAUUUUCCAACCCUCUCAACUUCAAAAGGCAUCCUGCUUUUGAACUCUUUGAUGACCUCAUAUUUGUGACUCAGACCUACCAGCACAUCUUGGCUUUUGUCUUUGCUGUGAAGGAGAUCAAUGAGAAUAUCCAGAUGUUGCAUAACAUCUCCCUGGGUUUCAGCAUUUAUAAUGACUACUUCACUGGAAGCUUAACUUAUCUUACUUCCCUGAAGCUUCUGUCUACAUGGGGCAAAUUCAUUCCAAACUAUAGAUGUGAUGUCCAAGGUACUACUGUGGCUGUCAUUGGAGGACCCAACUCCAAAGCAUGUCUUUUCAUGGCAACCAUCCUGAGCAUCUACAAGUUACCACAGGCCCAGCCUCUGUCUUUGUGCAAUGAACCCUGUCAUAAAGGUCACAGCAAGACGAAGAAAGAAGGGAAGCCAUUUUGUUGUUACGAUUGCCUUCCAUGCCCAAGAGGAAAAGUUUCAAAUCAAAUGGACUUGGAAUCUUGUUACCAGUGUCCAGAGGAUCACUAUCCCAGCAAAACCCAGGAUCAGUGCCUCAAAAGAAAGAUCAGCUUCCUAUCUUUCCAUGAGCCUUUGGGGAUCACCUUGGCCAUUGUUGCUCUUUUAUUUUCCUCCAUUACAGCUCUGGUCCUCACAGUCUUCAUUCAGCACAAGGAUACUCCAAUCGUCAAGGCCAACAACCGAGGCCUCAGCUACACCCUCCUGGCCUCCCUUUUGCUUUCCUUUCUCUGUCCUUUGCUUUUCAUUGGUCGGCCUCAGAGGGCAACCUGUCUCCUUCGCCAAACUGCUUUUGGCAUCAUCUUCUCUGUGGCAGUUUCUUGCGUGGUGGCCAAAACACUCACUGUGGUCCUAGCUUUCAUGGCCACCAGGCCAGGUUCUCAGAUGAGGUCAUGGGUUGGAAAAAGGCUGGCACUUUUUAUAGUGCUUUCCUGCUCUUUCAUUCAAGCCACUCUCUGUACUGUUUGGCUGGCAAGCUCCGCUCCCUUCCCAGAUCUUGACAUGCACUCUCUGCCUACAGAAAUGGUCCUGGAGUGCAAAGAAGGCUCCACUGCCAUGUUUUAUUGUGUUCUGGGUUUCAUUGGCCUCUUGGCUAUGAUCAGCUUUACAGUGGCUUUCCUUGGCAGGAACCUCCCAGACAGUUUCAACGAAGCCAAAUUUAUCACCCUCAGCAUGCUGCUCUUUUGCAGUGUCUGGAUCUCUUUUGCUCCAGCCUACCAGAGCACCAAAGGAAAAUACACGGUGGCUGUGGAGAUCUUCUCUAUCUUAGCCUCAGGUGCUGGAUUAUUGGUCCUGAUUUUCUCCCCCAAAGUUUACAUCAUCUUGAUAAGACCUGAGUUGAAUAACAGGCAACAACUCAUGCAAAAAAUCCUCAUUAACUGAGUUAAAGGAAUCAAGUCUUCUACGCAUUUAGAGCAGUGACUGUUGCCAGCAAUAACAUGUGCCUUAAGUGCUUUUGAAAAUGAAAUGUUUGUGUAUUAGUGUAAAAUAAAAUGUAUAAUUUUCCAUGUCUUUCCAUUCUACCAUGCCUAUGGUGGAAUAAUUAAAGCAUUAUAGAGAUAA